AUGGAGAACUAUGAAAGUCUCGGUACGAUCGGCGAAGGAACGUACGGCGUGGUGCUCAAGUGCCGGCAUAAAGUCACGGGCCAGAUCGUGGCCAUCAAAAAGUUCAAAGAGUCGGACGACGACGAGCAGGUCAAGAAGACGGCCCUGCGCGAGAUCAAGAUCCUCAAGCAGCUCAAGCACGAGAACAUCGUGAGUCUGCUCGAGGUCUUCCGCAUGAAGGGCAAGCUCUACCUGGUGUUUGAGUUCGUGGAGAAGACGAUCCUGGAGGAGAUUGAGCGUCAUCCGGACGGGCUGGACCCGCUGACCCUCAAGAAGCUCAUGUGGCAGCUCGUGCGCGCCAUCAACUUCUGCCAUCAGCACAACAUCAUCCACCGCGACAUCAAGCCCGAGAACUUACUCGUGUCCCGCAACGGGGUGCUCAAGCUCUGCGACUUUGGCUUCGCGCGGCCUUUAGCUUCAGCCGGAGCCAAGUACACGGAGUACGUGUCAACGAGGUGGUACCGAGCCCCCGAGCUGCUGGUAGGAGACGUGUCGUACGGUAAGGGCGUGGACGUCUGGUCCAUCGGCUGCAUGUUCGCUGAAAUCGCCACGGGAUUGCCGCUAUUUCCUGGGGAUUCAGACAUCGACCAGCUCUACCACAUCAUUCGCUGUCUCGGACACAUCACGUCCAGGCAACAAGAGCUCUUCCGCAAAAAUGCACUAUACGUGGGGGUCAAACUGCCCCAAGCUAGCGAUCUCGAGCCUCUGGAGGCGCGAUUCCCCACGAUGGAUAAAACCUCGCUGGACUUCAUCCGCCAGACGAUAAUUGACGAGCCGCUGGACCGCUGGACGUGCGCGGAGCUGCUCAAACACCCCUUUUUCGAGAAUUCGCACGAUGCCUUCGAGGCCGAACUGCAGGAGGCGAUUGCACGGGACUUAAAUGACACCGCCGCCGUAAGGAAAAAGCGAUCUCGGAAGCCUUCGCGCGGGAAUCCGGUCGCUAGUCCAGUUCCCGUGAUGCCUGCUACGCUACCCUCGUCCAGUUACAAUGAUCCGUUGGCGAAUGGUAUACCUGUACCAAGCACAGUCAUGGAUAAAACCCUCGGGAAACCCCUCUUCGCUCCGGUGGUUGCCAUGCCGACCAGGAAGGAGAAAGGAGGCGUGGCAUCCCCGGACAGCACCAGUAGCAACGCGCACAUUAUACCACGGAAGACGCCCCCGGGGAUCGGUCUGGGUACUGGAGGCCCUGGGGGUGCGUACCAUUUACCGACACUACAAGGAGCGAUGAACAAUUCCUCCAGCACCAGCUCCACCACAAGCAGCACAGCGACAACCACGAGUGUGUCUAGCAACAGCUCCGGGGGUAACGAUGGCAGCACCAGCCCGCUGUUCUCCCAGAACAAGAAGCUGGUGGUGCCAUCAGGAGCGGUGCCCCCCAUUUCAGAGCACCACGCAGCAACCAACUACGGCCAGCCCAUUUCCACCGAGCACAUGACGUAUAUCGGCCUGCACGACAACAUCCGCGUCUCCAUGACGUCGCACGGCAGUCGACUGGGUGGUGGAGCGCCUGUAGUUCAUCCGUACUCGACCCCGUCGUCGUACAUGAAAAACCCGUACGGCGUCCAGCAGUCUUCGUCCAAGCGAGGAGGCAACAAGAACGGAGGCUUCGUCGUCUCAAGUCUGCCCAGCUCCAUGGACAUCUAUUCUCCAAAGCGAGCUGCCGCUGGAGGAGGGAAGAAUUCACAUAAAUCUUAUGGUGCUGGAGCUGGGUGGAGUGGCUCCAAGAAGGCAGCGACAACAGGAGGGGGUGGUGUAGGCGCAUCAAGUAGUAUGAUGUCAAGGGGGGCACCGUCACAAGGGCUGUACGUGCCUCCGAGGACCUCACAAGGUACAAUACGGGCUGCAACGUUACCACAAGGCAACUUUACACACGUCCGGCGCGAUAACGACUCGCGGAAUUAUUAG